UGGACUGGAGCCCUCGCGUCUUGAGGUCGUUGUGCUGGUGGUGCAGUGGUACCCAGAAUCGCCAGUUCCUCUCCCUGUGGGGCCCUUGGAAGGCCAAUGAACGCUAGACAUCGGAGCCACCCCGGGCGGCAGCUGGGAAGAUCAUGGCCCAGGCCCAAGGAGACGCGAACCCACUGCCCAAGGCUUGGGACGAGCCAGCCAAGUUGAAGGAGCCCAGCGCUCCGCAGAUCCGCUCCUACAGGAAGGACAUCUGUAGCUUUGGCAAGUACAAGGGCCAAGCCGUCGAGGACAGUACCACCCUGUCCCAGGAGCCUAUGUUCCACAGCUCCCUGACGGUGACUGGGGUGAGCAGGUCACGCCGGAGGGGGGCUCGGCGGGAGCUUCUGGGGCUGCAGGGGGCGGCUCCCGCUGGGUGGCUGUCGGAGGAACAGCUGGAGCCCUCCGCGCCUGGGUCCUGCCACUUAAGCGGACAGGGUGGCAGCCGAUUGUGCCUUGAGCCACAGGAGCACGCGUGGAUUCUGGCGGCUGCCGAGGGCCGUUUUGAAGUGCUGCUGGAGCUGCUGGAAGCUGAGCCCAGCUUGCUGAUGCGGAAUGACCCUAUCACUGGCUACAGCGUGCUGCACUGGCUGGCAAAGCACGGGCAACACGAGGAGCUCAUUCUGUUGCAUAAUUUUGCCAAGCGCCAGGGACUGCCAUUUGAUGCGAGUGUCUCCGGCAGCGGUGGCCUUACGCCGCUCCACCUGGCGGCUCUGCAAGGCCAUGACAUGGUCAUCAAGGUGCUGGUGGGGGCCUUGGGGGCAGACCCCACGCGUCGCGAUCACACUGGCCACCGGCCUUGUCACUAUCUGCGUCCCAGUGCUUCUCAGAGCCUGCGGGAGCUGUCCGGAGCAGAAGAAUGGGAGAUGGCAUGCUGCAAUGCCAACAAUAACAGCAGCAGCAGCACCACCACCACCACCGCUGCCGCCGCCGCCUCCGCUACCGCCAAUACCACCAUCACUACCACCACCGGGCGGUCACUGAAAUGCACUCCAAUUGCAUCCCGUAUCAAGUCCAUGGGAACAUACUGCAAAGAGGCGGCUCAGCCAGCUGAAGAGAAGAAGGCAUCAGCCAAUCACGGAGGACAAGGCAAUGGCCUUCUGCACCAUCUGUACCAUCUGUUCCCCUUCAUCCAGAACCGUUGAAGGUGACAUGGACUAGAAAGCUCAUUCUUUCUCAAUCCUGACCCCACCCAAGUAGAUGCUCCUCCAUUAUGCAGCUUGGGCUUACAAAGGUCAAACCACAUCUGGCCCCUAGUCCUGUCCCAGUUCUCCUCCAGCUAGCUAACAGUCAGAAGAGUGAAGAGCCAAGUACCCAGCCUCAAUAAUAUGGGACUUGGGGCAAGGGUGUUUGGGGCAAGGAUCCUGAUCCUCCUUGGAAGAGAGAGGGAAAGUUAAGCUUCCAGUUUCUAGGUAGAGUGAAGUGCUGAGAAAAUUAGGAAACAUUAGAAAAAUAAUUCAAGACUGUAUGAUGCUGAGAAAAUGCCUAAUACCUGCCUGUCUGGGUCUGCUGUUAACAAAUUUCCAUGUGCUGGUAGAGUUGGACUCUAGCAACCUGCUCCUAGAAUGGCCAGACCUGACAAGUAACUGACCUAAUGUAUCAUGGAUGAGUUCUUCAGCACAUUAAAUUGGAUGUUUUUCU